AUGGCGCCCCGAUUACUUUUCCUUUUGGCGCUGGCAGCGGCAUCGCUUGCACAUCUGAUUCCUCCUCGUCAAGCCAACGGGACACAGAACCCUUGGCCACUACUGCGAGACUUUGAUGCCCUAGGCGCGUGGUUCGAGGGCGUUGCAGCUAUAGAGAAGACCUCCGCCCCUUCCAGAUCCAAUGCGACCAUUGCCAUUGUCGGGGCCGGGAUCUCCGGUCUAGCAACGGCACUCAUGCUCGAAAGUGUUGGUGUGCACAAUUGGGAGAUUAUCGAAGCCAGCAGUCGGAUUGGUGGUCGGUUCAGGACCAAAUUUUUCGAGGGCACGCAAGAGUGGGUAGAGAUGGGGCCCAUGCGGCUGCCUUACAGCGUCCAGUACAAGAGCGACAAUUCGACGCACGAGUACACAGACCAUCGCAUGGUCUUCCAGUUGGCAGACUGGUUAAAUGAGAUCAACCAGCACAACCCAGAAUUGGAGGUGAAUUUCAUUCCUUGGAUCCAGCACCACCCCAAUGAGCUGCUUGCGCGUGGCACCAAACCAACUGCGGAUGGCCGGGUGCCCACUCGAGCGGACAUAGCAGCAAAUCCAGAACUCGGAUCGGCGCCUCCAUCGACUUCGCUUGAGUACAAGAGUACCAAGCAGAAGAUGGACGGUAUCAUGAAGGAUGAGAAGACUCUUCGAGCUAUUCAGAAGGACAUUUGGCGCGCACACCGGAAGGCGAUGGACCAGGGGCUCGACGAUAUGAGUGAACAGGCCAUGAUGCGCAACGUGUUCAUGGCGAGUGAGAAUACCACCGACGCCAUUUGGACUGCGUCGGACUACGAUAUCUUCUGGGAUGAGAUGGUUCACAAUUCCAACUUGGCGCAGGACGGUAGUUCGUCCGCUUUAGGAGAAACAGAGUGGAGGUGUGUUGACCAGGGAUUCAACAAGCUGUCUGAUGCCUUCUUUCCACACGUUAGCGACCGACUGGAGCUCGAACGCAAAAUCACAAGACUUGAGUCGAUCAAGGAUGCUGGCGGUGAGCCGAAGACUCGCCUCUUCUGGAAUUCUGGAAUUGGGAUGAACCGGACGUCGCACCAUAAAGAUUACGACUAUACCAUCAUAGCUGUACCAUUCACUAUGACCCGGUUCAUGGACUUGCCCACUUUCUCCUCCGUUCUGGGACGUGCCAUCAGUGAACCUGGCCUUCGAUUCAAGAGUGCCUGCAAGGUUGCCCUGCUCUUUCGUGAGCGCUUUUGGGAGCAGGAUGAAAGACCUAUCUUUGGGGGUUAUUCUCAGCCGCGCAGCGCAGCUGUCGGGGCCUUGUACUAUCCUGUAUAUGGCCUGAAUGAGACUGGCCGGCCUGGGGCAAUCAUCCACUACCGCGGAGGAGACUGGAGCGACCGUUUUGCAAGUUUUUCAGAUGAGCAGCAUGUGGAGUUGGUCCUUGACGCAAUCGUCAGCCUGCAUGGCGAACAAGCACGAGAGCUUUACACCGGCCAGUAUGAGCGUCUUUGCUGGCUGCAGGAUGAGCACACCGCGACUGCAUGGUGUAGGCCAGAUGUGGAGCAGCAUGCGCUGUACAUCCCUGCAUACCAUGUGACUGAGCACAAUACCAUUUUCAUCGGCGAGCACACAGCUCCGACGCAUGCAUGGGUAAGCUCAUCGCUUCACUCUUCUGUCAGGGGUGCGAUCCAGUUGUUGUUGGAGAUUGGAAUGGCGGAGGAGGCCAAGGCACUAAAUCAGAAAUGGAUGGGGAGGUGGAUCAGCUCUCAAGACUAG